CCGAAUUUCGUCCCGCUCACAUCGACUCGUUACAGGCAUCCGAAUUUCUAAAGAUCUCCUUCACUUGCCGCAGGCUCUUCCUGCAUCUGUAGUCAUCGUAUUUGGCGAACGGCGACCCAAUGACUUGUGCGAGAUAUCACUAGACUUUUCUACGGCAUCCAUUCCUCUUACGAAUCUAGCCACUGCCGCAUUAUCUUCGACGUAGCCCGAAAAUGUCAACAACACCUGCUCCGCCUGAGGAUCAGGCAAGAUUAUUGGAAGAUGCCUUGAUUGCAGUGCGCCAACAGACUGCGCUUAUGCGCAAAUGCCUCGACACACCCGGGAAGCUUAUGGAUGCUCUUAAAUGCUGCUCUACUCUAGUCGCCGAGCUGCGGACAAGCAGUUUGGGUCCAAAACAAUACUACGAAUUAUACAUGGCUGUCUUCGAUGCUAUGCGCUAUCUUUCCAUGCACCUUCGGGAGAACCACCCUACCAACCAUCUCGCUGACCUCUAUGAACUUGUCCAAUAUGCCGGCAACAUUAUUCCACGUUUGUAUCUGAUGAUAACUGUCGGUACCGCAUACAUGUCUAUACCUGGGGCACCAGUAAAAGAGUUGAUGAAAGAUAUGAUGGAUAUGAGCCGUGGUGUUCAACACCCCAUUCGCGGUCUAUUCCUACGUUACUACUUAUCCGGACAAGCUAGAGACUACCUACCCGCCGGCGAUGGCGAUGGCCCCGAAGGAAAUCUCCAGGAUUCUAUCAACUUCAUCCUAACAAAUUUUGUCGAGAUGAACAAGCUCUGGGUACGGCUACAACAUCAAGGCCACUCACGAGAGCGCGAGCAGAGGACAAAGGAACGCAAAGAGCUACAACUUCUCGUCGGUAGCAAUAUCGUACGGCUAAGCCAAUUGGUGGAUCUCGAGGCCUACCAGGACGGUAUCUUGGGUCCGUUACUCGAACAAGUGGUACAAUGUCGCGACGUCCUCGCCCAAGAGUAUCUCUUAGAGAUAAUCACUCAGGUUUUCCCAGAUGAGUUCCAUCUACAUACUCUCGAUCAAUUCCUUGCUGCGGUAUCACGGCUGAACCCUCACGUCAACGUCAAGGCUAUUGUUAUUGGCUUGAUGGAUAGGCUAUCUGCCUAUGCUGAGCGGGAAUCCCAGGAAGAAAUUGCUGAAGACAAAGCCAAACUCGAAGAGGAUGCGCUCGCGAAUCUUUUAGAAAAAGUCCGAUUAAGCAAAGAACAACCAGAGGCAAAGCCAACCGCAGAAGAAGAAUCUGUGGACGCGAAUGGCGUUCAUGCCAAUGGUGAGGCUACUGAUUUUGCAGAAAGUCACGCGCCGGUAGACUCCGAACCAGCCCCGUCAGUCGCGGAUACAGAAGCAACAGCAGUCGAGAAAGAAACGGACGGAUCUUCUCAAGCUACCAAGAAGCAGCGUGGGAUCCCCCCUAACGUCAAGCUGUACGAGGUUUUCUUUGAGCAAGUCAAUAAUCUUGUCAAUGCGCAGCACCUACCCAUCCAGGAUACGAUUGCCUUGUUGGUCUCACUCGCCAAUCUUGCAUUGAACAUAUAUCCCGGCCGGCUUGAUUAUGUUGACCAGAUUCUUGAGUAUGCGAAUCAAAAGGUCAAGGAACAUGCCAACAGUGCUGAUCUUCACUCUGCCCCAGCACAGCAGAGUCUACUCGGAUUACUUCAUGCUCCACUCAAGAGAUAUGUUUCUAUUUUUACUGCCCUUUCUCUUCCUACCUAUGUACCCCUCUUCCAGUCCCAAACCUAUCCUACAAGAAGAGCUGUUGCUGGUGAAGUUGCGAGAACUCUGCUACGUAACCAAACCAAAAUAUCUACUACUACCCAACUUGAAAACGUCCUGGAGGUCCUGAAGGUCUUAAUCAAGGAGGGAUCUCAACCCCCUGCUGGUUAUCCUGGUGGUCCUCAGCGUCGAGCUCUUGAGACCGAUGAAACGAUGGAAGAACAAGGUUGGUUGGCCCGGAUUAUCCAUCUACUAGACGGUGAAAACAAUGAUACCCAAUUCCGCCUUCUUCAAAUGGUCCGUAAAGCGUUUGCCGAAGGAAAUGAGAGGAUCCGUACGACAACCCCACCCUUAAUCACCGCAGGUAUGAAGCUUGCGCGCCGCUUCAAAGCUAGAGAGCACUAUGAUGACAACUGGGAAACUCAAUUAAGUGCCCUCUAUAAAUUCUUGCACUCCGCGAUUUCCAGUAUUUAUACCAGAGUCAAUGGGUCAGGUGCUGCAGAACUUUCCCUAAGGUUGUUCUCCGCUUGCGGUCAGACCGCCGAUAUGACCAGCUUCGAAGAAGUUGCCUAUGAAUUCUUUGCGCAAGCUUUUACAGUGUAUGAGGAGGCAAUCUCUGAUUCCAAGGCGCAAUUUCAAGCUGUGUGUGUCAUUGCCAAUGCUCUGCACCAGACGAGGAAUUUCGGCAAAGAGAAUUACGAUACUCUUAUCACAAAGUGCGCUCUACAUGGAAGCAAGCUUCUGCGGAAGCCAGAUCAGUGCAGAGCAGUAUAUCUAGCAAGCCACCUUUGGUGGGCAACACCGAUUGCUGCCGUUGAAGAAUCGGAUGAAGGUCUCUAUCGGGACGGAAAACGAGUCUUAGAAUGCCUGCAGCGAGCCCUGCGUGUUGCAGACUCCUGUAUGGAGCAGGCAACGUCAAUCGAGCUAUUUGUCGAGAUUUUGGAUCGUUACGUCUAUUAUUUUGAUCAGCAAAAUGAAUCAGUUACUACUAAAUACAUCAAUGGUCUCAUUGAGCUUAUUCACUCAAACUUAGGCACAAACCAACAGGACUCUGCCAGUAUAGAGAGCAGCAAGCGGCAUUUCAAGCAUACCCUAGAUAAUAUCGCAUCUAGGCAGUACGAAGGGGUUGUUCUCCAACCGCCACAAAAAUGAGUAUGUCUCCAUAGAGAUACCGGAACGCUUUCAAAUCACGCGAUCGCGACAUGUACGAGUUGCCCUGAGGGUAUUAUACCAAGGUUAAGGAGCCUGCGUCGUUACAAGGGAAGGGGUAGUUUCUGUGGCCUUCCGUUUAGUUAUAGAUUACUGUGUACAUAUGUAUAUUCUUGACGAUUUCCUAGGAUGCGUUGGCUUCUCGUAGGAGUCUCGGCGUCCUCGCGUCCUUUUUGAGAAUUGCUUUUUAGUUAGUGCCGAUAGUCCCCUGACCCCUCUUGUACCAGUUCGUAGGGAAGCCGGAUUCGCGGAUAUCAACACCGAAGGUCUUUUUGACUAGAUAUCUAUCAUAGGCGAUGCAAACGCAGAUGCAGAUGCAAGAUGCAUUUCUAGAAAUCAAUUCCACCCGCCAUCCGU